AUGGAUAAGUCGCCAGUCGCCUACUCGCCGAAACGGCACAGCUUCGACAAGCCGUCGUCAACCACACCGUUGCUCGAGCUGGAGCCCCGGAAUGGCAAUGCGGAGCUGGCCCGGCGCGUCAACCACAGGGGCAACAUCGGAAAUGCCCAGACACAAGCCGCUGUCGGCGGCAGUUGGGUGGUGGCUGGGCCCGCGGCACUGGAUCUCCAUCAUGAUGCGAUCAUGUACUUGGCUUCAUUCUAUGCGCCCUUCGACCUUGCCGUCCGGAUCGGGUUGUUCUUCGGUCAGUAUGCGAUUGCCAACGCGUUUUCGGGAGCACUAUGGCCCGACACGGCGUGGUUCUUGACGCGGAAGGAACGGAUCUUUGCGACAGAUCGAAUGAGGUUCGUAGACCCGGGUCCGGGCGAAUCGGGUACGCUCACCAAGAGAGACAUCGUGGAGACAGCGAGGGACUGGAAGCUGUGGUUUGCUUUAGCCUUUAACAUCUGCGUCAGCGUCCCUGCGAGUGCUUUCUCCGUGUUCCUUCCCUUGGUGGUGCAGGGGAUGGGGUACCAGGCCGUCGAUGCCAACUUGAUGUCGGUCCCCCCAGCCGUGUGCGGCGCAAUCGGCCUGUACCUCUUCGCAUCGAGUUCGGAUCGGCACAGGGAGCGGGGCUACCACAUCACGGCUGCCAUCGUCAUCACCCUGGCCGGGCUCAUCGGCAUGGUCACGGCACUCCACCCAUGCUGCGAAGCUGUUCGCUCGGUGUGGUGGUGGCAGCUUUGGCUCGAUUGGUCAGGGCACCCCACCCAAUCAGCAGCCAUGAACUGUGGCGGUUGGGGCCCCGGGCUCGAGCCGGGUGGCAUGGAUGCAGGGUUCAGGAUGAGGUGCCGGGCAGUGUUGUCCAGGCGGCCCCACCGCCUAACCUCAUUUCCCCCCCCGCCAGACACCCGACCUCGCCCCGUUCCCUCCUCCACCACGGGUACUGACACCGAAAGCUUAAACUUCAUCUGCCGCGACAUUGUGAAGUUGAUCGAUCCGCUCGAUUUUCCCUUCCCCCCGCGAACCCGAUGCCAGAACAUGCCGAGGCCGCCGAAUCCAUCAGCAAACCUGGACCUCUCAUCGGCCUCCGCGGCGUCGCCGUUGCAUCGCCUGCCCGUCAAUCCCCGCAGGAAGAAGGUCGCGCCCGACGAGAGGAAGCGCGUGGCCACGGCCUGCAAUAGCUGCAAUGUGCGCCGCAUCAAGUGCAGCGGCGAGCGCCCGUGCCGCCAGUGCACGAGUGCCCAGCGUGACUGCUUGUACCCGGAGCCCGUCGAGAGGGUAACUAUCCCCCGGGCCGAACUGGAGUCGCUCCGGCGCAGGUGCGCGUCGCUCGAGCGCCAUUUGGCCACGACGGAACGCGAUGACCGCCGCCGGGAAGCCCCGCAUCAGGUCGACUCGCCCUCGGUCUCGUCCCGCACGGACACGGCCGACUCGCCGUCCCUCAAUGGCGACACGCAGCACACCAUUCGGCCCAGCGGCAUUGAUGGCCGAAUGCUGGCCGACCCUGCAGGCACCUCGCGCUAUCUCGGUGAGACGUCUGGGGCGACCUUUCUCGACACGCUCAAGGAACUGAUCGCCACGGCCACGCCCCUGGCGCAGGUACUCGACGGCGACCCUGGGGAGACCCUCGCCGGUACCGCAUUCCUCGGCUCCGUCGGCCAGUAUCAGACACACGACUCACGCCCGAUGGUGUUGCCCGCUAAUGUCGACCCGCUCGCGCUCCCACCCGAGGACGACAUGAUUGUCGCCCUGAGGCAAGCCCGCUACUUUAUCCAGGAUGGCAACGGUGCUUUUCCCAGCGGCGGUAUUAUGUUUUGGCCGUUCGAGGAUAUCCAGAGCAUCGUCACGCUCGCUUCUCUCCCCGCUAUCCAAGGCCCCGAUGGCCUGAGGCGUCCCGGCCCCCACCAUCGCCCCUUGGCCCUGUACCACACGACUUUUGCCAUAGCCCGCCUGCUGAACCUACGAGACCCCGGCUCCGCCGUCGAUGGUCAGCUGGGCGAGGACUACUUUGCGAAGGCCCGCUCGCUCCAGGGCAACAUCUUAGACCGCACCACAUACACCAUAGCCGACAUUGCCGUGCUGGCCCUCAUGGCCUUGUAUCUGAUCGAAAAUAACCGUCGAGAUGCCGCCUACAUGGCUCUUAGUAAUGCCAUGACUAUCAGCGUGAUGCACGGCCUCCACAAGGGAGGGUCAGGCAACGAGGUUGGCGUUCGGACCUUCUGGACUGUCUACGUUCUGGACAGGUGGCUGGGCUGUGUUAUGGGCCGUCCGCCCACGAUUCCGGACGACGCCAUCACGCUUCCACUCCCGGCCCAAAGCCCUAGUUACCGCGAAGCUGGGUUGCCGGAUCUUCUAACCGAAGCGACCGUCCGCGUCGGCAAGGCACUGGACAUGCUCUGGAAGUGGCGGGAUAAUCUGCCCGAAGUACUCCAGCUCCCAUUGGAUCCCCUGACGCUCAUACCUGCCGACCUGUUCACGCAGGCGGCUUCGUUUGGGCAAGGCCCCGCCAGUCUGUUGACCGGCGCAGCCAACUUUGGACAGGACCGAGCGUGCUGGGCGUUGCACAUGAGCUACAAUCAACUGGUCAUCCUUGCGGUGCGUCCGGCAAUGCUGAUGGCUGUGUGGAAGGCUGUUGCUAGCAUUCUCUGCAUCGACCAGCCCUUUGACAUUGAGAUCAUGCAGUCGCAAAUCGAACCGAUUCGCGCCUGUAGCGACGCUGCCCGACGAAAUCUCCGGCUCGGUCGGCUCAUGUGUCUACAGAGUCCGCGACAGAAGCUCUUGUUGGGAGAUCUUCACAAUAUCUUCAACGCUGCCAUCGUGCUCACCAUGCAUCAGAUGGUCUUUGUGAACCUCCGAACCCAGGAUCUGGACGAUGUUGGGUGGGCCAGUGAGGUGUUUGAGACGGAAGCCAAGACAGGCAACGAGUAUGCCAAGGACUGUGCACGCGUCUUGCAGGACCUCAAAUACCUCGCCCAGCAGCUGCGGAAUCCGAUCCACGACCCAGACACGAAACAUGUCCUCAUGUCUGGCGAGGGCGCGCUUCGCGACUUGCUGCCCGAGGAUGUGGCAGUGGCGGACAUGAUGGACGAGGGUACCGAGAAUGCAGCAGCCCCUAAUGGGGGCAGGGACUCGCCGCGAAACCAAGCAAACCGCGGCGGGCUGUACCAAGGAGUGGCCGACAUCUACCAGACGCUGUCGUGUUGGUGGAACGCGGAUUAUAUGCAGUUUUACAAUACCUUUCUUUCCUAG